AUGAACUCUUCCAUACCAAAUUUGCCUGGACUCCCGGUCGAUGUCGAUCGAGUUGCAGAGUUAAAGACACGAGUCAAAGAUUUACUAAGGACUGGACAAACAGGCUACUUUGUCUGCGAGAAGACAGAUGGCCUGCGAGUACUGGUGCUGAUCGUGCUCAAUGCUAACCGUCAGCAAGAGGUUUAUCUGAUUGAUCGCAAAAAUAUAUAUCGCUUCGUGCCUCACAUCGAAUUCCCUGUGCCAGGAGAUAAUACCUUUACAACGUUCCAAGAUGGGACGAUUUUUGAUGGCGAAUUGGUGUUGGAUAAAGAAGCCGAUGGUUCG